GCUAAGGGUUUGUGUGUCUGCAGAAAAAGCACUUAUUUUUGGCCGAUUAUUUUUCUCUCGCCUGCGAUCGCCUUCAUCUCUCGCCUCAGUUUUUGAAGCAGUUAUAGUCGUCAAUAUUGAUUGUGUGUAAAUCGGAUCUUUGUAAUCGUUUUGACUGUUUUGAGUGCAAAAACACACACUUCAUUUGCAUAAAGUCAACUGAAUGAACACCAUGGACAAAGCUGGCUCAUCGUCAUCUAGCAAGCGAUCAUCGCCAAGCACUUCGAAGAAUUUGCCAACAGAAACUGGCCGCUCAUCCACCACCAUCACGGCUCGCUCGCCUCCUUCAGCGACCAGCAGCAGUUCACGUUCGCUUGCACAAAAGCACCCUGCACCCGCCGCUGUUUCCACUUCAAAAACUGCAAAGCCACAAGUUGGAAAUCAUUCCGGGUGCCAAACCAAAUCUGGGUGCCUAGGCUGUCAGGAGCAUCCUCGUUCCGAAAAGAACGAAAAAAUUCGUUGCCCUUGGUGCACCAAAAGGUUUCCACAUAACAAACAGUCGCUCCUGAAGACGCACAUGAACCGCGGCUUGUGUGCUGUUUGCAAUAAAAGUUUUAGUUGCGAAACGCGGAGGAAAAUCCACGAGUCACUCAAAGGCUGCUCCAAAUCUAGGAGCGAAAAAAAAUCUGCAGGAGGCCACAAUCAUGCAAUGACAGCAAAAGGAGAUAAAUGUCCUAAUUGCUACGGGAAUAUGGACUCUCCACAGGUGCACCUCACCAAUCGCCAGUGCAGCUCUUGCAUGUUCGAAUUCCCAUGUCAAGGAGUUUUGCUGCUGCACAGAAGAGCGUCAUUUGCCUGCAGCCUCUCUGAAGAACCAGCUGCCAAGAAGCUUUGCACAACUGAUGACCCAGUCUCGCACAAGAAGGGAAACCUCUUUCUGACCAAUCGCCAAGACCAAAUUGUGGAACUCCCUGCUGCAUCGAAUGAAAGUCGUCAAGAAACAUGCGAGCACUGCGGCAGCGAGAUGAUUACCUCUUGGUAUCGGCAUGCCGUGGUAAAGUAUGAAUGUGACUCCUGCGAAGAGAAAUUCAGAUGUCACGGCCUCUUUCAAAGGCAUCUACCUUGCAUGGCAGCCCCAACAGCACCAUUCUGUGGCUUUUGCCAUAAGAAAUUCCACAGCCAAGAGGAGGAAGUUCACCACCACAAACAGUGGUCCUGUGACAAUUGUAAAGAGCUGAUUGAGUGCUCUACUCUCAAGGAACAGCACCGGUGCUUUUCGAGCACUGCAGGUGCUCAAGAGUAUUUCCCGCCACGCAGCACUAAAUCGGACAUCUCAGGUUUGAUGGACUUGCCCAUCGAAAUCGAGCAGCCAGAGGUCGUUGAUCUCGUGGACUCCGAGGUGGAGUAAAUGCUUUUUUGUGACAUCAAAAAGAUAAGUUGAUUAAGUAUUAAUUUGUUAAUUUUCGUUUAUUUUGUGUGAUAUAUAAAAUUUCUCUAAUUAUUGUGUGCAUUUAUUGCACAAUGAAAUUUCAAACUCUAAAAAAAAUGUUUCUAACUGUAUUGUCCAUAUUUGAAAAAUUGGUUAAAUGGUGUUGUCACCAGCGCCCCCAUUAAAAAAAUAUUGCAUGGUAUUUAUAUUUAGUGUCAUAUUUUAAUUACUCAAUUUAACUCGCCAUAAUUAUGUAAAACGAUAUUGUAUUCUUUACUGAGUGUUUAUCAAUGUUCUGAUUAAGAGUCUCAAAUGUGCGCAACAGGCUGAAAAUUUUGUAUUUAUUAAUUUUCAUGUUUAUAAGAGAUAUCUGCACUGUGUCAAUGCUUCCAUAAUAUGAUUUUAUUAUAAUCAUAUAAGCAUUUGGAAUUCUGAAAAUU